AGCAACUCAUGAGGAGGCAACAUUGAUCAAUGAGGCAUUAGCCGACUACGAGGAGGCAUCGGGUCAGGUAUGUACUGGGUGCUUGCCCACGAAGGAUAUUUUACGAGCCAGAAGAGUGAACUGCUCAGGAAGGUGUGGCUUGUGUGGUGACGAGGGGGAAUCCAUUCUCCAUUUAUUUCGGACCUACUCUGUUGCAAAGGAAGCAUGGAGGGUGAUUUCUUGGAGUUGGAGCAGAAUUAUUACAAGCAACUUCAUGGGGCAAGUGCAACUAGAGUUCCAAAGCAGACGAAGGGAGGAGCUCGAAAAAGUCAUUUGGGGAUGCUGGGCUUGAUGGUGUGAACGGAAUCAGCGUCUCUGGCAGAACUCUUUUUCGAGUGCAGGUCAGUUCAUGUUGAAAGCUCAAACUUUUGUUUUGGGGUGGGCUCGAGCUCAGAAUGAUCGCAGAGGGAGAUUGCAGGAGAGCUGCAAGGCCAAGCCGUUCUGGUGCAGACCAUCAGUGGGACGACUGAAGUUGAAUGUUGAUGCGGCGGUGCGGGAAGACAAAUGUGGGCUCGGUUGGUGUCUCCGUGAUGCGGCUGGAAGCUUUGUGACAGGGGCAGCAAAACCUCGGACGGGGAGACUCUCCUCUCUGGAAGCCGAACUUAUUGGAAUUAUGGAGGCUUUAAGUUGGUUACAGGGGACGGAUUGGAAGAUAGUUGAUGUUGAAUCAGAUGCUUCCCGUGCCAUUAUGGAGAUUACGAGGGGUUCCAGCUGCUCUUCGUAUGGUUUGGUUGCUGAUGACAUAAGAGAUAUUGCGAAGAAUUUUUCUAGCAUUUCUUUCUCUCAUAUCAGGCGGUCAGCGAAUAGGAUAGCUCAUGAGCUUGCUAGAGCAGCCUGUUCUAUGUCUGAUUUGCAUUCUUGGUUUUAUUAUAUAUUACCCGUUGUUUUUAUCUUCUGUCCUGAACAAUGAUUUAAUCAAUGAAAGCUAGAUAUUCCCUUUGCAAAAA